CAGUGGCAAAGCACCGCCCUACUGACAUCCCUUCUCGCUAAGAGAGAAAACGUGCACCCCAUCCGCGCUGAGAGCGCAUUAAGCAAAAACCGAACGCCAAGGAUUCUGGAGAUAGCAAAAAUCGAACGCCGCCAAGGAUUCUGCAGACAGCAAGAAGAUCCCCAAUUCCGCCCCUCUUCUUCUCCUCCUCGACUCGAAUUAGGGCUUCGAAUUUUGGGACGACAGAGAAGCGAAGAUGGUGUGCGAGAAGUGUGAGAAGAAGCUGGCGAAGGUGAUAGUGCCGGACAAGUGGAAGGAAGGGGCCAGCAACACCACCGAGGGCGGCGGCCGCAAGAUCAACGAGAACAAGCUCCUCUCCAAGAAGGCCAGGUGGACUCCUUAUGGAAAUACAAAGUGCAUUAUUUGCAAGCAGCAGGUGCAUCAAGAUGCCAAGUACUGUCACACCUGUGCAUACACAAAAGGGGUUUGUGCAAUGUGCGGCAAGCAAGUACUGGACACCAAGAUUUAUAAACAAAGCAAUGUGUAAUACAACCAUGUUGAUCUUCUCUUAAGGAUGUCAUGAUCUAUAGUACUGAUUUCUUGCAUGACUUCUAACCAUUACUUUAUCGAUAUCUGGCAAGAAUUUGUUAAUGAGGCUGUAAAGUAUGAUUUUCGUAGGAUCUGCAAUAUCUGCAUUUCCUGAAUGGAAUGAUCUGCAAUUAGUGCUCUUUUCAGUUUUCUUUUUAACAAGCAAAGUUGAAUUGUGCUUGUGAAAAUUCAGUAUGCAACAUCCAGUUCUGCACUUACCUUCUGCUUAGGACUCUAUUGUACACCAAUCUUUCCUUUCCCAGAUAAAGAUUCUUAAAUAA